AUGGUUUCAUAUACGAAAAAAACCGGGAGGAAAACAAUAAAUUCUACUGAACUACGCCGCAACGAUAAUUACAAGUGCAACGUUCGACUCCUAACCAAAUUAAAUGAUGCACAAAAUCAUGAAAUCAUAUCCAAACAGAUAAAAACCCACAAUCACGAGCCUGAUGCACUAAGAGAAAAGGUUCAAUGCGCCCGUAACAAAAUUAAAGAAAACGCAUUAUUAAAUCCUGAUAAGAAGCCAAUACAUAUUAUAUCCGAAUGCGAAUCUAUGACCACUCCAUUAGUGUUGGCUAAUCUACCAAAUAAAGUUAAUUUAAAACAAACAAUAUACAGACAGAGAAAACGAACAGUUUCGAUAACCGAACCAACAGAUAUACACUUUGAAUUAAAUAAAGAAUACUGUAUUCCAGAAACCGCAGAAGAUCAUAAUAUCCCUAACAAUAUAAUAAUAAUAGAUAAAAAGUAUGAUAAUGAUAGAAGAAUAAUAAUAUUCACAUCAAAGAAACUAAUUACGUUGUUAUGCAAGUCUAAGUACAUAAUUAUGGAUGGAACAUUUAAGGUAGUACCGAAGAUAUUCCAACAACUAUAUACCAUACACGGGUGUAUAUUUUCAGAAACAUUUCCUUGUGUAUUCGCAUUAUGUACCAACAAGGACAAAAAUACAUAUAGCAUAUUAUUUACAUUACUUGUAGAAUACUGCGAGAAAAACAAUUUACUACUAUCACCAAAAUACAUUAUGAUGGACUUCGAAAAAACUGCACAUACGUGUGCCAGACAAGUUUUCGAAAAUACUACGAUAAAAGGAUGUAACUUUCAUCUUGGUCAAAUAAUUUAUCGCAAAAUACAAAAGAAUGGUCUUCAAAAACUAUAUGGAAACAAUGAAUCAUUUGCAUUGGAAAUUAAAUGUUUGUAUGCUUUGGCAUUUUUGGAAGAGUCAGAUAUACCAAUAUACUUUGACGAAUGGAAAAUAACAAAAACAUCACCAACAGAACCAAUAGCGACGUGGUUUGAACAAUAUUAUGUGUGGGGUACUUCAACUUCUCCGCCACAAUUUCCACCGGCAAUAUGGAGUACACACCAACUAACCCAAGAAGAUAUACCCAGGACACAAAAUCACGCCGAAGCAUGGCAUAACCGAUUCGCACAUUUCGUGGGGAAACACCAUCCCCAGUUUUAUUAUUUAGCAAGAAAGAUUACCCAAGAGAUAACACACCAAAUCACAGAAAUUGAAAAGAGGCAACUCGGAAUAGCACCACCUAAAAAAAAGAAGAAAUACAGCGAUAAACUGAAGCGUAUUGACAUAAUUAUUAGUCAGAAAAAUGAUUAUACAAGUAAAAUUGAUUUCCUAAAAGCCAUAGCCAGUAAUCUAAACCUCAAAUGAAUGGAUAUAUUA